UCUUACAUCUUAUGGCUAUAGAUGUUGACAACAAAGUUUUUACAUUAUAAAAAGAUAUAUCUUAUAGGAGCAGCGAUUGGAAUACCAUCUCUCUAUUAUCUAAGUCUUACACCAGCGGAAAAACGAAAAGCUAUAGUUAACUAUGGUGCUAUUGUGCGGUUUUUUAGAACGUUUUCAAUUGGUGCAUUUAUAAGUCUUCAAUAUAAAAGAAAGUUAUUUUUUCUCAAAGAAAAUUCAUUAGCAUAUGAGAAGGCCAUUAAAGAUUGUCAUCUAUAUGGAGCUAACAUGAUCUUGAGAGGAUGCCUUGAAAAUGGGGGCUUAUACAUUAAAUUGGGUCAGGGAUUGGUGGCCAUGAAUCACAUAUUGCCAAAAGAAUACACUAACACAUUGCAAAGUCUGCAAGAUAAGGCAUUAACUCAAAAUGCCAAACAAGUGGACGAUUUAUUCAAAGAAGAUUUCGAAGGAAAAUUACCUUCCCAAAUUUUCAAGGAAUUUGAAAUGACACCUCGCGCGUCUGCCAGUUUGGCUCAGGUGCAUAAGGCCGAAACUUUCGAUGGAAAGAGUGUAGCAGUUAAGGUUCAAUACAUCGAUCUAAGAGAUAGGUUCAAUGGUGACAUGUGGGCUCUCAGAUUUUUGAUGGAGUUGGUGACCUAUAUUCAUCCCAAAUUUGGUUUCAAGUGGAUAUUAGACGAAUUAGAGGACACUCUAGCACAGGAGCUCGAUUUCGUUCACGAGGGCAAAAAUUCGGAAAGGUGCCAGUUCGAUCUUAAACAUUUGAAAUACGUUUACGUACCACCCGUCUUAUGGGAAUAUUGUAGCAUGAGGGUUUUAACAACGGAAUGGAUCGAUGGUGUCAAAAUUAACGAUAUGUCGAGAUUAGAAUCCAUGGGAUUCUCUUUGAAAGAUAUCGACACCAAGUUAAUUUCCAUGUUCGGCGAACAAAUCUUCUGCACUGGCUUUGUGCAUGCUGAUCCUCAUCCCGGAAACAACAGUGUCACUAAAUACAAGCCCCGGGCCGUGCCAAAAAAUAAAUUUUUUUUAAAUAAUCUGAGUCCGGCUUUUACAAACCCGUGCCGUGGAAUUGGCUCUGCAAUUUUGAUCCGCAAAAUGGAUAAAAGUAAAACCUCAUUAUCAUGCACCCCCGAAAUUGUGGUACUCGACCACGGUCUUUACGAUUAUCUACCACCGAAAGAUAGGUUAGCCCUCUGUCAUUUCUGGACAUCGAUAUUGACUCGAGACGAAAAAAAACUCCAGAAAUAUAGCAAUAGAUUGGGUGUUAAAGAUUACGUGUCUUUUGCUGAGAUAUUACUCCAAAGACCCCUUAGAUCGUUCAGGUCCCUAGAUAACUUGAACAAGGGCAAAAUGUCUUCCUCAUCUUCCUUGUUCACCGAUAAGCUAUCCUCUUCUGAUCUCGAACUUAUCAAGAUAAUCACUAAAAACCAUUUCGACAAGAUAAUGUCCAUAUUGAAGGAUAUGCCUAAGCAGAUGUUGCUAAUCAUGCGUAACAUGAACACCAUUCGUGCCAUAACGCUUGAACACGGCGAUUUGGUCAAUCGAUACAUCAUUAUGGCAAAGAACCUCUCCCAAAAUCCUACCUUCAGCCUCACCGUGGCGGGGGAGUGACAACGUUUUUUGGCGGCUAAUGGAGGUUUAAAAGCUUCUCUGUGGUCUGAGUCUAGAAUAGGAUCACCAUCUCCUCGACGGGGUGUAAACACCACUCAAAUGGGUUGAUGCCAGAAAGGGCAUCUGAUUGUAAAAACCUCGCUCCUAAAUUAAUGAUUAAGGCAAAGCAUGAGAGAGGUAUAGACCAAAGUACCUCGUGGGCUUCUUCAUCCGCCUAUGACAAACCUGGUGGAACCACGAUUCGUGAAAAUCAAAUAUAUCCCAUAAACGGCCUGAUAAUAAGUGGAGAAACCAGUUUGUGAUAAAGUAAGAUUUGCGACAUGAGUGCUGGGAACAUGACGGGAAGAGCAGAAGAAGUGUCGAUGCACUGCAUAGAAGGCAUUUAGAUGUGCAUUGCAUACAAGGGACCAGAUGGAAAGGUAAUGCAAGAAUGAUUGGCAGAACAAGUGAAAAGUAUAAUAUUUCUGGCAAGGAAGUAAUGAUGGUAAAGCUGGCAUUGGUGUAUU